AUGGGUCUCUGGGAAGUCAAAGACGACAAGAAAACCCUGAACAAGGAACUAUUCCUCGGCCUAAUGGAGCAGCACUGGCUCGACUGGGGAGCAGAGAAGCUGUCGCGAAAGGAGAAGCAAGCAUGGAUUGGAAUCACUGAGAUUGUCUACAAAGGCAAGGUCAAGGUCAUGACCGACCUUCCUGAGCCCGACACUUGGGCAGAGGUGACCACGUACAAGGUCCUCUUCCCCAAGGAGUUCUUCUACUCUCGAUACGCCGCCGUUGCCCAGAUCAAGUUCCCACAGGCCGAUCUUGCAAAGUGGGAGCCCAAUGUCAGCGGGCCUACGACUACCCACGCUUUCCAGCAGAAUCGCUUCAUCAAGCAGAAGAGACUGGGGGAGUGCUUCAGACAGGCUACGGAGCUCUCUAAGCGUGCCUGGACCCCCGAGCCGACACAGAGCGUGUACCCUCUUGCCAAGAGAUCUCGCAACCUCCCAGCCAAGGAAGCCCCCGUUGAGACUGGCCCAGUGAACCAGGUGGACGGGCCUCUCAUUUCUAAGCCGGAAGAUGUUUCCAAGAUCUUUGGCAACAUUGAACAGCAGCUUGCUUCGGUUCGCGCCGCGGCUGAAUCCAACACCAAGAUUCAUCAGCAUGCCGUCGAUGAGUUGCGGAAGUCUCACGAGCCAGAGCUCAAGAAAGUCCAGAAGUACGCUGAAGAUACCAUCAAGUCUAUUCGCGAGGGCCACCGAAAGGAGAUGGAGGAUACCAAGAAGGCUCAUGAGGAAGAGCUCACCAAGGUUUGCGGUACCUACCAGGCGGCCAUCUCUACCCUCAACAAUGCAUGUCUCGAUGGGAUUGCCGCGCUUGAGAAGGCGCGUCAGAAGGCUCUCAAGGCCUGCCUCGAUGGAGCCGAGUAG